CUUCCCCCCCGUCGCCGUCGCCCGAACCGUCAUCCACGUCGCUACCGAACACAGUCGAUGAGGACUCUACACAUGCCUCCCCCCCUUUUGCUGCUGCCGACUUGCCAGCUCGUGUACUUCGGUCUCUUUCCUCCACUCCUUCAAGUCGGCCUGCUAGAUCUCCAAGUCGGUCUGCUAGAUCUCCAAGUCGGCCUGCUAGAUCUUUAAGUCGGUCUGCUAGAUCUCCAAUUCGGUCUGCUAGAUCUCCAAGUCGGUCUGCUGGAUCUCCAAGUCGGCCUGCGACGCCACUAUCGUGGACGACCGAUGAUACUUCUCCUCUGCAGCCUUCCAAAGCUGAGCAGGAGGGGCAGCCUCAGAAGGACGUGGAAGGCGCGGAAGACUCCGGUAUCGACGCUAUCAUGGAGAUGACUGGCCUCGAGGAAGUCAAGGCCCAAGUACUGCGGAUCAAAGCUAAAAUCGAUACCAUUCAACGACAGGACGCGUCGCUUACGGACGAACAAUUUAACAUCGUCAUGAGGGGUAAUCCGGGUACUGGCAAAACAACCGUUGCACGGCACUAUGCGGGCUUCCUCGCCAAGCUCAAAAUUAUUCCCAGCGAUAGCUUCAUAGAGACCACCGGGUCCCGUCUGGCCAAUAGCUACAUUCUUAAUAUCAAGGAGCAGAUCGAAGACAUGCGUGAGGAGGGCGGUGGCGCAAUGUUCAUCGACGAAGCAUACCAACUCACCAAUGAACACAGCUCCGGCGGCAAACAAGUCCUCGACUUCCUCCUCGGCGAGAUGGAGAAGACAGCUAACAAGAUAGUCUUCAUCUUUGCGGGCUACAGCAGACAGAUGGAGAAAUUUCUCGAGUACAGCCCGGGGCUGGCCAGCCGUGUACGAUACUCGCUACAGUUCAGCGACUACAACGAUCUCGAGCUCCUGCACAUACUCGAGAAGCUCAUCUUGAAGAAGUACAAGGGGAAGAUGAAGGUCGAGGGCGACAUGUUCGGGUUGUACAUGCGCGUCGUGGUCAGGCGUCUGGGCCGCGGACGAGGGAAAGAUGGCUUUGGCAACGCCAGAGCGCUUCAGACCCUGUUCGCAACCAUCUCCGAGCGGCAGGCGAUGCGUCUGACAGAGGAGCGCAAGAAAGGAGUGGGCUCGGAUGACUUCGUCCUGACGAAGGAGGACAUCAUUGGUCCUGACCCUUCGAAGGCGGUCCUGGAGAGCGUCGCAUGGAAGAAGCUGCACGAACUGGUCGGCCUUGCCGAGGUCAAGCAGUCCAUCAAGAAUCUGUUCGACCUGAUCGCUGAGAACUAUAAGCGCGAGCUGGCGGAGAAGCAGCCGAUCCAGAUGUCGCUCAACCGUGUAUUUCUUGGCAACCCCGGGACGGGCAAGACGUUGGUUGCGAAGCUGUAUGGGCAGAUCUUGGCGGACCUUGGACUGUUGAGUAACGGCGAAGUCGUGCUCAAGAAUCCCGCCGACUUCGUCGGGGGUGCUGUCGGAGAAUCGGAACGGAACACCAAGUCUAUUCUGGCGGCUACGGCUGGCAAGGUCCUGGUCAUCGACGAGGCAUAUUCGUUGUAUGGAAGUGGGGGCGCCGGCCGCGGGAAGCAGAGCGAUCCAUACAGGACAGCCGUCAUUGACACUAUCGUCGCCGAUGUCCAAAGUACUCCGGGCGAAGAUCGAUGUGUUCUCAUGUGCGGCUACGAGGAGCGGAUGCGGGAAAUGUUCCAGAACGUCAAUCCAGGUCUUUCGCGCCGAUUUGCUAUCGAGGACGCAUCGCGAUUCAAUGACUUCACCGACUCCGAACUUCUCGAGAUCCUGAACCUGAAGCUCAAGGAUCAAGAUCUCGAUGCGACGCCUGAGGCGAAGAGAGUGGCGCUCGAUAUGCUUAGCCGGGCCCGCGACCGACCGCACUUUGGGAAUGGUGGGGAAGUUGAGAACAUGCUCGGCAAAGCGAAGAACAACUAUCAGUCGCGCCAAUCGAAGCUUCCCGCCUCUGAGCGAUCGUUCGACGUUGUUUUCGAGCCUUUCGAUUUCGAUCCUGACUUCGACCGCGCGGAAAGCUCGGACACGAACCUGAGGAAACUCUUCGAGGAUAUGGUCGGAUGCGAGAAGGUCGUGGAGAAACUGCAAGAGUAUCAGAACAUCGCACGCGUUACAAAGCAGCGCGGACGGGAGGCACGGAAGGCACGGCAUCUCAUUCCUACUAACUUCGUGUUCAAGGGACCCCCUGUAGGUACCGGCAAGACGACCACGGCGCGCAGGAUGGGCCAGGUGUAUUACGACAUGGGCUUCCUCUCAUCCACAGAAGUCGUCGAGUGCUCUGCCUCCGAACUUGUGGGACAGUACGUGGGACAGACAGGGCCGAAGACGAGGCAGGUCUUCGAGCGCGCGCUUGGCAAGGUCCUGUUCAUCGACGAGGCGUACCGUCUCAGUGAGGGCGCGUAUGCGAAGGAGGCUGUGGACGAGCUGAUGGGGCUGCUCACUAAGGAGGCCUUCGUCGGGAAGCUCGUCGUCAUUAUCGCUGGAUACGACAAGGAGAUGAACACGCUUCUGGCAGCCAACCCUGGGCUUGCAAGUCGGUUCCCCGAGGAGAUAUACUUCGAGAAUAUGUCACCGGAGCACUGUCUAGAGAUACUGAGGAAAGAUCUCGCGAAGGACGAUAUCGAAUGCGCGGCGCUCGAGGCGACAAGCUCGGGCGAGUACAGGCACAUGGUGUCGCUAAUCGGGCAGCUUUCUUCGCUGGGCUCAUGGGGCAAUGCGCGGGAUAUGAAAACACUCGCGCAGCGGAUGGUGCGUCUGGCAUUCAAGUGCGCUACUGGCGAUGCCCAAGGGUCCAAUGGGUCCAAGCUCCCAUUGCCCAGUGUAGACGCUGUUCGUUGCAUAGUCUCCAUGUUCCGCGAGCGUAGUGGACGAGCCCCGAAACCUCCGUCAUUGUUCAUGGCCAAGGACACGCCCCCCAUACAAAACUUCGGCCUUCCAAUGGCUACUGGCGAUGCCAACGAGUCCAUUGGGUCCAAGCUCCCGCUGCCCAGCGCAGAUGCUGCCCGUUGCAUAGCGGCCAUGCUGCACGAGCGUGGUAUACGAGCCCCUCAGCUACCGUCGGCGUUCAUGCCCAAGGACACGCUCCCCAUGCAAAAUCUCGACUCUUCAAUGACGACUGCGCUCUUCGCUGCACACAAAGCGCGCAUUGCUUCGCAGACGUCGAAAGCUGCUACCCAGCAAGAAGAGUCCUCGCCACUACUCCAGGAGUACAAUCCCGAGGUCGAGGAGCAGUGCAUCACGCGGUUCGCAGCAGACAGCACGCGUAAACAGAAGGAAGCGGAGCUUGAGACGCGAAGGGCGAAGGAAUUAGAGGAAGAGAAGGAGCAGAGGGCGCAGAAGAAGCUGAAACAGAUGGGACUAUGCUCUGCUGGUUACGAGUGGGUCAAGCAGACAGGAGGGUACCGAUGCAAAGGCGGCUCCCACUGGGUGAGCGACUCGGAACUUGGGAUGUGA